AUGCCCGGGGCGCCGCUCCUGGGGCUGCUGAUGGCCCUCUCCGCGGCCGCGGCGGUGGCCAGCGAGCCCGGGACGGCGCUGCCCCCUACCAAGGGGGCUGCCACCCUGGCCUUCGUCUUCGACGUCACCGGCUCCAUGUGGGACGACCUGAUGCAGGUGGUCGACGGCGCCUCGCGCAUUCUGGAGCGCAGCCUGAGCAGCGGCAGCCAGGCCAUCGCCAACUACGCGCUGGUGCCCUUCCACGACCCAGACAUCUACCCGGUGACCCUCACGGCGGACCCGGCGGUGUUCCAGAAGGAGCUGAGGAAGCUCGAUGUGCAGGGAGGUGGUGACUGCCCAGAGAUGAGUGUGGGGGCCAUCAAGGCUGCCGUGGAGGUGGCCAACCCCGGCUCCUUCAUCUACGUCUUCUCGGAUGCUCGCGCCAAGGACUACCACAAGAAGGAGGAGGUGCUGCGGCUCCUGCAGCUGAAACAGUCGCAGGUGGUGUUUGUGCUGACGGGGGACUGUGGUGACCGCACCCAUCCUGGCUACCUGGCCUACGAGGAGAUCGCUGCCACCAGCUCUGGGCAGGUGUUUCACCUGGACAAGCAGCAGGUGACCGAGGUGCUGAAGUGGGUGGAGUCAGCGCUCCAGGCCUCCAAGGUGCACCUGCUGUCCACGGACCACGAGGAGGAGGGCGAGCACUCGUGGAGGAUCCCUCUCGACCCCAGCCUGAAGGAGGUCACCAUCUCCCUGAGCGGCCCAGGGCCCGAGAUCGAAGUCCGAGACCCGCUGGGGAGGAUCCUGCAGAAGGAUGACGGCCUCAACGUGCUCCUCAACAUCCCUGACUCGGCAAGGGUUGUGGCCUUUAAGCCUGAGCAUCCUGGACUGUGGUCCAUCAAGGUCUAUAGCAGCGGCCGCCAUUCUGUGAGGAUCACCGGCAUCAGCAACAUCGACUUCCGAGCCGGCUUCUCCACUCGGCCCUCCCUGGACCUCAACCACACCAUCGAGUGGCCUCUGCAAGGGGUGCCCAUCUCCCUGGUGAUCAACUCCACGGGCCUGCAGGCCCCUGGCCGCGUGGACUUGGUGGAGCUCUCACACAGCUCAGGGCGGCCCCUCCUGACUUUGCCCACGCGGCCCCUCUCCAAUGAAUCCACCCAUCAGCUGUGGGGCGGGCCGCCCUUCCACGCCCCCCAGGAGCGCUUCUACCUCAAGGUGAAAGGCAAGGACCACGAAGGGAACCCCCUCCUCCGUGUCUCUGGAGUUUCCUACAGUGGGGUGACCCCAGGCGCCCCUGUGGUCAGCAUGCCCACCAGGAUCCAGGGCUACCUGCACCAGCCCCUGCUGGUCUCCUGCUCUGUGCACAGCGCCCUCCCCUUCCGGCUGCAGCUGCGGCGGGACGGAGCCAGGCUGGGCGAGGAGAGGCACUUUUGGGAGUCAGGAAACAGCAGCUGGGAGAUCCCACGGGCCUCCAAGGCUGAGGAAGGCGUGUAUGAGUGUACAGCGGUUAGCAGGGCUGGCACAGGACGAGCAAAGGCCCAGAUUGUCGUCUCAGACCCCCCGCCGAGGCUGGUCCCUGCCCCCAACGUGACCGUGUCCCCGGGAGAGACCGCCGUCCUGUCCUGCCGGGUCCUGGACGAGGCCCCCUACAACCUGACGUGGAUCCGGGACUGGCGAGUCCUGUCGGCCUCCACGGGCAGAGUCACGCAGCUGGCCAACCUGUCGCUGGAGGUCAGCGGCGCCAUCCCCAGUGACGGCGGGCGGUACCAGUGCAUGGCCAGCAACGCCAACGGGGUCACGAGGGCGUCCGUCUGGCUCCUGGUGCGAGAGGCCCCGCGGGUCAGCAUCCACACUGGAUCCCAACGCUUCUCCCAGGGCAUGGAGGUCAGGGUCAGCUGCUCGGCCUCUGGGUACCCUGCCCCUCGCAUCUCCUGGAACCGUGAGGGCCGCGCCCUGCAAGAGGACAGCAGAAUCCAUGUGGAUGCCCAGGGAACCCUGAUCAUUCAGGGAGUGGCCCCAGAGGAUGCCGGGAAUUACAGCUGCCAGGCGGCUAAUGAGGUUGGCACAGAUGAGGAGACGGUCACCCUCUAUUAUACAGACCCCCCGUCGGUCUCGGCCGUAAACGCCGUGGUUCUCGCUGCUGUCGGGGAAGAGGCCGUGCUGGUGUGUGAAGCAUCCGGGGUGCCCCCGCCCCGGGUCAUCUGGUAUCGAGGGAGUCAUGAAAUGAUCCUGGCCCCCGAGGGCUCCAGCUCUGGGACACUGCGGAUCCCGGCAGUUCGGGAGAGGGAUGCUGGCAUCUACACCUGCCGAGCUGUCAAUGAGUUGGGUGACGCCUCUGCGGAAAUCCGGCUGGAGGUUGGACAUGCACCCCAGCUGAUGGAGCUGCCCCGGGAAGUCACCGUGGAGCUGGGGAGGAGCGCCCUCCUGGCAUGUCGGGCCACCGGCCACCCGCCCCCCACAGUCACCUGGCACCGCGGAGACGGCCUGCCGCUGGGGCCCAGGCGGGGCAGCAGGACCAGGAACCCUGACUCAGGAGUGCUGUUCUUUGAAAGUGUGCUCCCUGAAGACCAGGCCCCAUAUGUGUGUGAAGCUCAAAAUGUCUUUGGGAAGGUCCAGGCGGAGGCCCAGCUCGUGGUGACUGGACGUGCGCCCCCACAGAUCGCCAGCAGUGCCUCCACUGUCCGGGUGCUGGAGAGGCAGCCCGUGUCCCUGCCCUGUGUCAUCCUGGCCGGGAGGCCCUUCCCGGAGAGGCGCUGGCUCAGGGCUGGCCGACCCCUCCCACCUGGCAGCCGGCAUUCCGUCCGAGCAGAUGGCAGCCUCCACCUUGACCAGGCGCUGCAGGAGGAUGCGGGGAGGUACAGCUGUGUGGUCACCAACACGGCCGGCUCUCAACACAAGGACGUGAUGCUGGUCGUCCAGGUGCCACCUAGAAUCCGGCCCACUGCCACCCACCACGUCACUAAUGAAGGGGUUCCAGCCUCUCUUCCCUGUGUGGCCUCGGGAGUUCCCACCCCCACCAUCACCUGGACCAAGGCACCCAAUGCCCUGAUCUCCAGGGAUCCUCACUACAACGUGAGCAAGGACGGCACCCUGGUCAUCGCCCAGCCGUCUGCCCAGGACGCAGGGACCUAUGUCUGCACAGCCACCAAUGCCGUGGGCUUCUCCAGCCAGGAGAUGUGGCUUUCUGUCAACACCCAGCCCAGGAUCCACGUCAACGGGUCACAAGAUGCAGACGAGCCUCUGAGAGUCACGGCCAAGGCCGGUGACGACGUGACCCUGGAUUGCAAAGCCCAGGGCUCCCCACCUCCAUUGGUCACCUGGACCAAGGACUCCCGCCCUGUGCCGCCCGUCACAGACAGGCACGGCCUCCUGCCCUCAGGCUCCCUGCGUCUGGCCCAGGCCCAGGUCAGUGACAGCGGCCUCUAUGAAUGCACAGCCAGUAACCCCGCGGGGUCUGCCUCUCGGCACUACAUCCUCAGGGUGCAAGUCCCCCCACAGGUGCAGCCGGGCCCGCAGGUCCUGAAGGUGCUGGCGGGAGAGGCGCUGGACCUAAACUGCGCAGCCGAGGGCACCCCGGAGCCCCAGCUGAAGUGGUCCAAGGACGGGGAGGCCCUGCGGGGCGGGGGGCCCGAGGGCUCCGUCCACUUUGCCGCCAUCCAAACCUCCGAUGCCGGGAUGUACCGCUGCGAGGCCUCCAACAGCGCCGGCCUGGGCGCCUGGGAGCUGGAGCUCAGGGUGCUGGAGCCGCCGCACUGGGGGGCCGACGAGACCAGUGGCCUGCUGGAGAAAGUGGCGGGAGAGAACGCCAGCCUGCCGUGCCCCGCCAGAGGGACGCCCAAGCCACAGGUCACGUGGCGGAAGGGCCUGUCCUCGGAGCCCCUGCGUGGCCGGCCGGGCCUGGCGGUGCUGGAUGAAGGGUCUCUGUUCCUGGCCUCCGUCUCUCCCGCGGACAGUGGGGACUAUGAGUGCCAGGCCACCAACGAGGCGGGCUCCGCGUCCAGGAGAGCCAAGCUGGUGGUCUCUGUCCCCCCCAGCAUCCGAGAGGCCAGGCGCAGGACCAACGUGUCAGGCAUGGCCGGGCAGUCCCUGACGCUGGAGUGUGACACAAACGGCUUUCCAGCCCCUGAGGUCGUGUGGCUCAAGGAUGGGCAGCUGAUCCCUGAGGGGGGCAGCCACCGCCUCCUGGACGGGGCCCGGGCCCUCCACUUUCCCAGGAUCCAGGAGGGCGAUUCUGGCCUCUACUCCUGCCGGGCGGAGAACCAGGCCGGGACCGCCCAGAGGGACUUCAAUCUCCUCGUGCUCAUCCCACCUGCCAUGCUCGGAGCUGGGGCCCCCCAGGAGAUGCGGGGCCUGGCUGGUGCAGACGUGGAGCUGGAGUGCCGGACCUCGGGGGUCCCCAUACCCCAGGUGGAAUGGACCAAGGACGGGCGGCCUGUCCUUCUGGGAGACCCUCACGUGCUGCUCCAGGAAGACAGCCAGGUUCUCAGAAUCACCAGCAGUCACCUGGGGGAUGAGGGGCGGUACCAGUGCGUGGCCUUCAGCCCAGCCGGCCAGCAGACCAAGGACUUCCAGCUCAGAAUCCACUCACCUCCCACCAUCUGGGGCUCCAACGAGACGAGUGAGGUGGCCGUCAUGGAGGGCCACCGGGUGCAGCUCCUGUGCGAGGCCCGAGGGGUGCCCACUCCUCAAGUCACCUGGUUCAAGGAUGGGGCCCCGCUCCCCCCCAGCACUGAGGCUGUCUACACCAGGGGUGGCCGGCAGCUGCAGCUGGGAAGGGCCCGGGGCUCGGACGCCGGCCUCUACACCUGCAAGGCCAGCAGCCCCGAAGGGGUCACAGAGAAGGCCACCAGGCUGGAAGUUUACGUCCCGCCCACCAUCGAGGGCGCUGGCGGAAGGCCUCACGUGGUGAAGGCCGUGGCCGGGAGGCCCUUGGCGCUGGAAUGUGUGGCCAGAGGCCACCCACCCCCCACCCUCUCCUGGCACCACAAGGGGCUGCCCGUGGUGGAGAGCAAUGAGACGUGGCUGGAGGCGGGUGGCCGCACGCUGAGCCUGGAGAGCCCGGGGGAGGCGGCCGGAGGCCUGUACAGCUGCGUGGCCAGCAGCCCCGCCGGGGAGGCCGUGCUGCAGUACUCCGUGGAGGUGCAGGUGCCCCCACAGCUCCUGGUGGCUGACGGCUUGGGCCAGGUGACCGCCCUCGUGGGACAGCCCCUGGAGCUUCCCUGCCAGGCAUCAGGCUCCCCAGUGCCCACCAUCCAGUGGCUGCAGAACGGCCGCCCAGCUGAGGAGCUGGCCGGGGUGCAGGUGGCCUCGCCGGGGACCACGCUGCACAUCGACCACGUGGAGCUGGGCCACGCGGGCCUCUUCGCCUGCCAGGCCACCAAUGAGGCGGGCACUGCCGGGGCCGAGGUGGAGUUGUCUGUGCACGAGCUCCCAUCAGUGGUCAUUGUUGGAGGUGAGAACAUCACAGCCCCCUUUCUGCAGCCUGUGACCCUCCGAUGUACAGGGACUGGGGUGCCUACCCCAAGCCUCCGCUGGUGGAAGGAUGGGGUGGCCCUGGCAGCCUCGCAGGGUAACCUGCGGAUCGAGAAGGUGGACCUGAGGGACGAAGGCGUCUACACUUGUGCCGCCACUAACCUGGCUGGGGAGAGCAAGAGGGACAUGUCGCUCAAGGUUUUGGUGCCCCCCAACAUCGAGCCGGGCUCGGUCAACAAGGCGGUGCUGGAAAAUGCCUCGGUGACCUUGGAGUGUCUGGCUUCAGGCGUGCCGCCUCCCGAUAUUUCUUGGUUCAAGGACCACCAGCCUGUCUCUGCCUGGAAGGGAGUGACCGUGUCAGCCGAUGGGAGGGUUCUCCUAAUUGAGAGAACCCAAUCUUCUGAUGCUGGAAGCUACCGCUGUGUGGCAUCCAAUGUGGCAGGCAGCACAGAGCUGCGGUAUGGCCUCCGGGUCAAUGUGCCUCCGCGCAUCACGCUGCCACCCAGCCUGCCAGGCCCCGUGCUGCUCAACGCCCCGGUCCGGCUGACCUGUGACGCCACCGGGGCCCCCAGCCCCAUGCUGAUGUGGCUGAAGGAUGGAAACCCCGUGUCCACUGCAGGUGCCUCCGGCCUCCAGGUCUUCGCCGGGGGCCGGGUCCUCACGCUGGCCAGCGCCCGGGCCUCCGACUCUGGCAGCUACUCCUGCGUGGCCGUGAGUGCAGUGGGGGAGGACCGCCGGGACGUUGUCCUGCACGUCCACACGCCUCCUAGCAUCCUCGGGGAAGAGCUGAACGUGUCUGUCGUGGCCAACGAGUCAGUGGCCCUGGAGUGCCGGAGCCACGCUGUGCCCCCUCCCGUGCUGAGCUGGCGGAAGGAUGGCCGCCCCCUGCAGCCGCGGCCCGGCGUCCGGCUCUCCGCUGACAAGGCCUUGCUGGAGGUGGACAGAGCGGACGUGCAGGACGCGGGCCGCUACACCUGCGAGGCGCUGAACCAGGCGGGCCGCUCGGAGAAACACUACAACCUGAACGUCUGGGUCCCUCCAGUGUUCCCUUCGCGGGAGACCCACACCCUGACCGUGACCGAGGGCCACCCCGCCAGGCUGUCCUGCGAAUGUCGGGGCGUGCCCUUCCCCAAGAUCUCCUGGAGGAAGGACGGUCAGCCCCUGCCCGGGGAGGGGGCCGGCCCUGAGCAGGUGUUGGCCGUGGGGCGGCUGCUCUACCUGGGGCAGGCCCAGCUGGCCCAGGAGGGCACAUACACCUGUGAGUGCAGCAACGUGGCGGGAAACAGCAGCCAGGACCAGCAGCUGGAGGUGCAUGUUCCCCCUCAGCUCGCUGGCCCCCGGGAGCCCCACACACAGGUCUCCGUGGUCCGGGACGGGGAGGCCACUCUGGAAUGCAACGCCACGGGGAAACCCCCGCCCGGGGUGAUGUGGGAGCGGGACGACCGGCCGGUGGGGGCCGAGCCCGGGCUGCGGCUGCGGAACCGGGGCCGGAGCCUGCACGUGGAGCGCGCUCGGGCUGCCCACGCGGGACGCUACCGCUGCGUGGCCGAGAACGAGGCCGGGAGGGCAGAGAGGAGCUUCGCGCUCUCCGUGCUGGUGCCCCCAGAGCUCAUCGGAGACGGGGACCCACUGACCAACGUCACUGCAGCCUUGCACAGCCCCUUGAUGCUGCUCUGUGAAGCCACGGGCAUCCCACCCCCAGAGGUCCGCUGGUUCCGAGGGGAGGAGCCCAUCAGUCCCAGGGAGGACACUUACCUCUUGGCAGGUGGCUGGAUGCUGAAGAUGACCCGGGCACAGGAGCAAGACAGAGGCCUCUACUCGUGCCUGGCAAGCAACGAGGCUGGGGAGGCGCGGAGGAACUUCAGCGUGGAGGUCCUGGUUCCUCCCAGUAUUGAGGACGAGGACCUGGAGGAGGCAAUCAGGGUCCUGGAGGGGCAGACGGCCCACCUGGCGUGCAACGCCACAGGCCAUCCACAACCCAAGGUCACGUGGUUCAAAGAUGGCCGGCCCCUGGCUGGUGGAGAUGCCCACCACAUUUCUCCAGAUGGAGCCCUCCUGCAGGUCCUCCAGGCCAACCUGUCUAAUGUCGGCCAGUACUCCUGCGUUGCCGCCAACGCCUUAGGGGAGAAGACCAAACACUUCCAGCUGAGCGUCCUGGUGAUUCCCACCAUCCUGGGAGUGACCGAGGACAGUGCGGAUGAGGAGGUGACUGUGACCAUCAACAACCCCAUUUCUCUGAUCUGCGAGGCGCUGGCCUUCCCCUCCCCCACCAUCACCUGGAUGAAGGACGGGGCCCCAUUCCAGGCCUCGAACAACAUCCAGCUGCUCCCAGGCACCCAUGGGCUGCAGAUCCUGAAUGCCCAGAAGGAAGACGCGGGCCAGUACACCUGCGUGGUCACCAACGAGCUUGGGGAGGCCGUGAAGAACUACCACGUGGAAGUCCUCAUCCCCCCUUCCAUCUCCAAAGACGACCCCUCAGGGGAGGCUGGCCUGAAGGAAGUGAAGACCAAGGUCAACAGUACCUUGACCCUGGAGUGUGAGUGCUGGGCCGCGCCCCUGCCCGCCAUCAGCUGGUACAAGGAUGGACGGCCUGUGACCCCCAACCAGCGGCUCCGCAUCCUGGGCGAAGGACGGCUGCUCCAGAUCCAGCCCACGCAGGUCUCAGAUUCGGGGCGAUACCUGUGUGUGGCCACCAACGUGGCUGGCGAGGAUGACCAGGACUUCAACGUGCUCAUCCAGGUGCCCCCCAUGUUCCAGAAGGUGGGAGAUGCCAGUGCAGCCUUUGAGAUCCCGUCCCGGGAGGAAGAGGCCCGGGGCGGGGUGACGGAAUACCGGGAGGUUGUGGAGAACAACUCUGCCUAUCUGUACUGCGACACCAACGCCGUGCCACCCCCGGAGCUCACCUGGUACAGGGAGGACCAGCCCCUCUUGGCCACGGACCGGGUGUCUCUUCUGCAAGGAGGCCGGGUCCUGCAGAUCCCUCUGGUACGUGCGGAGGAUGCUGGGAGGUACUCGUGCAAGGCCUCCAACGAGGUGGGCGAGGACUGGCUGCACUACGAGCUAAUGGUGCUGACCCCGCCUGUGAUCCUGGGGGACACGGAGGAGCUGGUGGAGGAGGUGACGGUCAAUGCCAGCAGCGCCGUCAGCCUGCAGUGCCCGGCCCUGGGCACCCCCGCGCCCACCAUCUCGUGGCUCCAGAAUGGGCUGCCUUUCUCCCCAAGCCCACGGCUGCGGGUCCUGGAGGACGGGCAAGUCUUGCAGGUGUCCACGGCGGAGGCAGCUGACUCCGCCAGCUACAUGUGUGUGGCUGAGAACCCGGCAGGCUCCGUGGAGAAGCUCUUCACCCUCAGGGUGCAAGUCCCACCACGCAUCAUAGGCCUGAACUCGGAGCAGGUCACCGCCAUCCUCAACAGCAGCGUCUCCCUCCCCUGUGACGUCCGCGCCCACCCGAGCCCGGAGGUCAUGUGGUACAAGGAUGGCCAGGCCCUCUCCCUGGGAGAAAAGGUCUUCCUCCUGCCUGGCACCCACACGCUGCAGUUGGCGCGGGCUCAGCCUUCGGACUCCGGGACAUACGUGUGCGAGGCCCUCAAUGCCGCCGGCCGAGACCAGAAGCUGGUGCAGCUUAGCGUGCUGGUUCCCCCCACCUUCAGGCAGGCUCCCAGAGGCUCCCAGGAUGCCGUCCUGGUGCAGGCUGGGGACAAGGCCGUCCUGAGCUGUGAGACAGACUUGCUCCCCGAGCCGACGGUGAUCUGGUACAAGGACGGGCAACCGCUGGUCCUGGCUCAGCGGACCCAGGCUCUGCUGGAUGGCCAGAGGCUGGAGAUCCUGGACACCCAGGUGUCAGAUAAAGGUCUGUACAGCUGUAAAGUCAGUAAUGCGGCUGGGGAGGCCAUGCGGACGUUCAUCCUCACUGUCCAGGUGCCCCCCACAUUUGAGAGCCCCAAGACGGAGAUGGUGAGCCAGGUGGCUGGGAGGCCCCUGGUUCUGACCUGUGAUGUGACUGGGGUCCCUGCGCCCACCGUCACUUGGCUGAAGGACAGAAUGCCCAUCGAGAGCAGCAUGGCGCACGGCGUGGUCUCCCGGGGGGGCCGCCUCCAGCUGAGUCGCCUGCAGCCCGCCCAGGCUGGCACCUACACGUGCGUGGCCAAGAACGCCCAGGCCGAGGCCCGCAAGGACUUUGUGGUGGCCGUGCUGGUGGCCCCCCAGAUCCGGAGCUCGGGCGCCACGCAGGAGCACAGCAUCCUGGAGGGGCAGGACAUGCGGCUGGACUGCGAGGCCGAGGGGCAGCCAGCGCCUGAGGUGGUCUGGCUGAAGGACGGUGGCCCGCUCAGCCAGGGCGUGGGCGCCCACCUCCGGUUCUACCUGGACGGCAGCUCCCUGGUGCUGGAGGGCCUGAGGGCCUCGGACGCGGGCGCCUACACCUGCGUGGCCCACAGCGCGGCCGGGGAGGAUGCCAGGCUGCACACCGUGAACGUGCUGGUGCCUCCCACCAUCGAGCAGGGGGCAGAGAGCGCCCUGGUGAGCAGGCCUGGGGAGCUGGUGACCAUGGCGUGCCCCGUCCGGGGCUCCCCACCCAUCCACAUGACCUGGCUCAAGAACGGCCUGCCCCUUCCCCUCUCCCAGCGCACCCACCUCCACAGCUCGGGCCGCACCCUCAGGAUUUUCCAGGUGCAGCUGGCAGACUCCGGCAUCUUCACCUGUGUGGCCGCGAGCCCAGCUGGUGUGGCUGACAGAAACUUCACCCUGCAGGUGCACGAGCCCCCCAUCCUGGAGCCAGUGGAGUUCCAGACUGACGUGGCAGUGGUCCAUGGCUCCCCAGUGGUCCUCCCCUGUGAGGCCCGGGGCAGCCCUCUGCCCCUAGUGUCGUGGAUGAAGGAUGGGGAGCCCUUGUUGCCGCAGAGCCUUGAACAGGGGCCCGGGCUGCAGCUGGAGGCUGUAGGAGCUGGUGACGCCGGGACCUACUCCUGCGUGGCCGUGAGCGAGGCGGGGGAAGCAAGGAGGCAUUUCCGGCUGACGGUGAUGGAUCCCCCCCACAUCGAGGACGCGGGCCAGCCUGUAGAGCUGUUGCUGACCCCCGGCGCCCCCCUGGAGCUCCGCUGCGAUGCCCAGGGCACCCCCACGCCCAACGUCACCUGGCAUAAGGACGGGCAGGCCCUGAGCAGGCCGGAGGACAGCAACAGGGCUGGGCGGGUGCUCCAGGUGGAGGGUGUGCAGGUGGCCGAUGCUGGGCUGUACACUUGCCUGGCCCAGAGCCCUGCUGGUGAAGUCGAGAAGAGCUUCCGGGUCAGAGUUCAAGCCCCCCCAAAUGUUAUUGGGCCCCGAGGACCCCGCUUUGUGGUUGGCCUGGCCCCGGGGCAGCUGGUUCUGGAGUGCUCAGUGGAGGCAGAUCCGGCACCCGAGAUCGAGUGGCACCGAGACGGCAUCCUGCUGCAGGCGGACGCCCACACCCAGUUCCCAGAGCAGGGCAGGUACCUACAGCUGCAGGCCCUGAGCACGGCCGACAGUGGCAACUACAGCUGCACGGCCCACAAUGCUGCGGGCAGCACCAGUGUGGCCUUCCGCGUGGAGAUCCACACGGUGCCCACCAUCCGGCUGGGACCACCCACGGUGAACGCCUCCGUGAACCAGACGGCCCUGCUGCCCUGCCAGGUGGACGGUGCCCCCCCGCCCCUCGUGAGCUGGCGGAAGGACGGGGCCUCCCUGGACCCUGAGAGCCCCAGGUUGCAGCUUCUGCCGGAGGGUUCCCUGAGGAUCCAGCCGGUCCUCGCCCAGGAUGCUGGCCGCUACGUCUGCCUGGCGUCCAACUCUGCGGGCUCCGAUCGGCAAGGCCUUGACCUCCGGGUCUUCGAGCCUCCAGCCAUCGCCCCCAGCCCCUCCAACCUGACCCUGACCGCCCACGCCCCCACCUUGCUGCCCUGUGAGGCCAGCGGCUCCCCCAAGCCCCUCGUGGUCUGGUGGAAGGACGGACAGAAGCUGGACUUCCGCCUGCAGCAGGGCGCCUACCGGCUCCUGCCCUCCAACGCCCUGCUCCUCGCAGCCCCCAGCCCCCAGGACUCGGCCCAGUUUGAGUGUGUGGUGAGCAAUGAGGUGGGCGAGGCCCGCAGGCUCUACCAGGUGACCGUCCACGUGCCCCCCACCAUUGCCGACGACCAGACGGACUUCACCGUGACCAAGAUGGCGCCUGUGGUCCUCACAUGCCACAGCACGGGUGUGCCGGCCCCCGUGGUGUCCUGGAGCAAGGCGGGCACCCAGCUGGGGGUGCGGGGGAGCGGCUAUCGCGUCUCUCCUUCGGGCGCCCUGGAGAUCGGGCAGGCCCUCCCCAUUCACACUGGCCGCUAUACUUGCACGGCCCGCAACUCCGCAGGCGUGGCCCGCAAGCACGUGGUCCUCACGGUGCAAGCCUCCCCCGUGGUGAAGCCACUGCCCAGCGUGGUUCGGGCCGCCGCAGGGGAGGAGGUGCUGCUGCCUUGCGAGGCCUCGGGCAUCCCCCGGCCCGGCAUCGCCUGGCAGAGGGAGGGGCUCAGCAUGCCUGCAGGAGUGAAUACCCAGGUCCUACCCAGCGGACAGCUACGGAUUAUCCGUGCCGGCGCAGAGGAUGCCGGCAACUAUUUCUGCAUUGCUCAGAACAGCGCAGGCAGCGCCGUGGGGAAAACUCGGCUGGUGGUGCAAGUCCCGCCCACAAUCGAGACUGGCCUCCCCGACCUGUCGGCCACCGAGGGCUCCCACGCCCUCCUGCCCUGCUCGGCCAGCGGCAGCCCCGAGCCCAACAUCACCUGGGAGAAAGAUGGCCAGCCUGUGUCUGGAGCCGAGGGCAAGUUCACCAUCCAGCCUUCCGGGGAGCUGCUGGUGAAGAACGCGGAGAGCCGGGACGCUGGCACUUACACCUGCACCGCGGAGAACCCUGUGGGCCGCGCCCACCGCCCCGUCCACCUCACCAUCCUGGCACUGCCUGUCUUCACCACCCUGCCUGGGGACCGCAGCCUGCGCCUCGGGGACAGGCUGUGGCUUCGCUGUGCGGCCCGGGGCAGCCCUACCCCACGCAUCAGCUGGACUGUCAGCGACCAGCCAGUCACAGAGGGGGUGUCGGAACAGGACGGGGGCAGCACGCUGCAGCGGAUGGCAGUCACCAGAGAGGACGGCGGGACCUACGUCUGCUGGGCCGAGAACAGAGUGGGCCGCGUGCAGGCAGUCAGCUUCGUCCGCGUGAAGGAGGCUCCCGUCCUAGAAGGAGAGGCCUUCUCCUACCUGGUGAAACCUGUGGGGGGCAGCAUCCUGCUGGACUGUGUGGUCCAUGGAGACCCAGCACCCGACAUCCGCUGGAUCAAAGAUGGCCUUCCUCUGCAGGGCAGCCGUCUCCGGCUGCAGAAUGGCUCGCUGACCAUCCACAGGACUGAGAUGGACGAUGCAGGGCGGUACCAGUGCCUGGCGGAGAACGAGAUGGGCGCAGUGGAGAAAGUGGUGGUCCUCGUGCUGCAGAGUGCCCCGGUGCUCCAGGUGGAGCCCCAGGAUGUGACAGUGAGAUCUGGAGAUGAUGUGGCCCUGCGGUGCCAUGCCACAGGAGAGCCGGUGCCCACGGUGGAGUGGCUGCGUGCGGGCCAGCCCUUGCGGGCCAGCGGGCGGCUCCGGACCCUGCUGGACGGGAGCCUGUGGCUGGAGCGAGUGGAGGCUGGGGACGCGGGCGCGUACGAAUGCGUCGCUCACAACCUCCUGGGCUCUGCCACAGCCCGGGCGUUCCUGGUCGUGAGAGGGGAGCCGCGGGGGAGCCGGGGCAGCAUGAUCGGGGUGAUCAAUGGCCAGGAAUUUGGCGUGGCUGCCCUCAACACCAGCGUGCAACAGGAGGCACGUUCUGGGGUCACCACUAUCCAGAGCAGCAUCAGCCACAUCCCCGUGAGUGUGGGGCCUCUGAUGCGGGUACUCGUGGUCACCAUCGCCCCCAUCUACUGGGCCCUGGCUGGAGAGAGUGGAGACGCCUUGAACGGCCACUCCCUGACCGGGGGCAGCUUCCAGCAGGAGUCGCACGUGGAGUUUGCCACAGGGGAGCUGCUCACGAUGACCCAGGUGGCCCGGGGCCUGGAUCCCGACGGCCUCCUGCUCCUCGACGUGAUGGUCAGUGGCGUGGUUCCCGAGAGCCUAGCUGACGCAGAUCUUCAAAUGCAGGACUUCCAGGAGCGCUACGUGCAGACGGGGCCCGGCCGGCUCUUUGUGGGCUCCACGCAGCGCUUCCUGCACGACAGCCUCCCCGCGCUCCUGCGCUGCAACCACAGUGUCCAGUACGACGCGGCCCGGGGCCCCCAGCCCCAGCUGGUGCAGCACCUGCGGGCCUCGGCCAUCAGCUCCACCUUCGACCCCGAGGCCGAGGCCCUGCGCUUCCGGCUCACCACCACCCUGCAGGCUGAAGAGAACGAAGUCGGCUGCCCGGAGGGCUUUGAGCUGGACGCCCAGGGAGAGUUCUGUGUGGACAGGGACGAGUGCUUGGGCGGACCCGCUCCCUGCUCCCACUCCUGCCUCAACGCGCCCGGCCGCUUCUCCUGCUCCUGCCCGGCCGGCUUUGCCCUGGCUGGGGACGACAGGACCUGCAGAGAUGUGGACGAGUGUGCGGAGGAUGCCCACGUUUGCCGAGAGGGACAGCGCUGUGUGAACCUGCUCGGGUCCUACCACUGCCUCCCCGACUGUGGGCCCGGCUUCCGGGUGGCCACUGAUGGAGCCGGUUGUAAAGAUGUGGACGAGUGUCUGGAGCAGGCGGACGAGUGUCAUUACAACCAGAUCUGCGAGAACACCCCAGGCGGGCACCGCUGCGGCUGCCCCAGGGGGUACCGGCUCCAGGGCCCCGGCCUGCCCUGCCUAGACAUCAACGAGUGCCUGCAGCUGCCCGGGGCCUGCGCCUUCCAGUGCCACAACCUGCAGGGCGGCUACCGCUGUCUGUGCCCGCCGGGCCAGGCCCUCCUCCGUGACGGCAAGACCUGCGCCCCGCUGGAGCGGAGUGGACAAAACGUGACCACCAUCAGCCACUGGGGCCCCUUGGUGCCCUGGCUGCGGCCCCGCAUCCCCAUCCCUGGUGGCUCCUUCCACGCCUGGGUCUCCCUCCGGCCGGGCCCCAGAGCCCUGAGCAGCGUGGGCCGGGCCUGGUGCCCGCCUGGCUUCAUCCGGCAGAACGGCGUCUGCACGGACCUGGAUGAGUGUCGGGUGAGGAACCUGUGCCAGCACGCCUGCCAAAACACGGAGGGCAGCUACCGUUGCCUCUGCCCCGCUGGCUACCGCCUCCUCCCCAGCGGCAAGAACUGCCAGGACAUCAAUGAGUGCGAGGAGGAUGGCAUCGAGUGUGGGCCUGGCCAGAUGUGCUUCAACACCCGUGGCAGCUACCAGUGUGUGGACACGCCAUGUCCUGCCAACUACCGGCAGGGCUCCAGCCCCGGGACGUGCUUCCGGCGCUGCUCGCAGGACUGCGGCGCGGGCAGCCCCUCCACGCUGCAGUACAGGCUGCUGCCGCUGCCCCUGGGCGUGCGCGCCCACCACGACGUGGCCCGCCUCGCCGCCUUCUCCGAGGCGGGCGUCCCCGCCAACCGCACCGAGCUCAGCCUGCUCGAGCCCGACCCGCGCAGCCCGUUCGCGCUGCGGCCGCUGCGCACCGGCCUCGGCGCCGUCUACACCCGCCGCGCGCUCACCCGCGCCGGCCUCUACCGGCUCACCGUGCGCGCCGCGGCGCCGCGCCACCAGAGCGUCUUCGUCCUGCUCAUCGCCGUGUCCCCCUACCCCUACUGA